UCUGUAGUUGCAACUGGUAAGCCGUUGUUGAAUAGAGUGUCACAGAAUAGAGUUGCUGCUUCAGAGUGCAGUUCUGACCCUACAAGUUUACAAGGUAUUACUAGUCAGAGUGAAGAUAUAAAACCUUUAAUGAUUUUUGAGGAGGAACCAAAAUUGUCUACUUCUGUUAUUAAAGAGUUUGAAAAUGAUGAACUUGACGGUAAAUUGAAUAUUUGUGGUAAUGAUCAUGAUAGUGCAGAUUUGUCUUUGGUUGAUCAUUAUGAGAUGCGGGAUAUGCCUACUACUGCUAAGUUAAAUAAAGGUUCUGUACAACUACAACGUGAAGUAGAAUUGAACGCAGAUGCAGUUCCAGAAGGUGUGCAUACUUGUGAGACAGUCAGUGUAAUUGAUCAGCGUGUAGCCCACCUAUCAUCAGAUGAUAGUGCUAAACCCGAACUAGUAGUGAAAGACAGCAGUGGUGGUAAUCUUGCAGUUGGACAACUAUCUGAGAGCCGAACAAGAACAGCUUCUGAUCCACCACUAAGUUCAUCACCUUGUGUCACUCAGUCAUCGUUGGUGCUGUCAUCCACAAUGAAACAGACACCCAUCAACUCAAGUAUCUUGUGCAAUGACUAUGGUAGUAUCAGUUCGUUUGAAAGGACGAAUAUCAAUGGUCAGUUUAGUGUGGAUAAGCCAAGUGUAAAGGAGAGAGUUAUUGUUAAAUUGACUUGCACGAAUAAAGGCAUUUCUAGUUUCAAGUUACUAUUUGAAUGUUAUUAUCUUUGGUGUAAAUUACUCUGUUUCUAUACUUGGUUGAUGAGAUAUGUCGUGUGUUUGUUGGUCAUCUAUAUUCUACGAUACAAUGACAUGGGCGUGUUGCCGUUCAGAUUUGAGGAUAUAGCUGAUAGAAGGAAGUUAGCAAAUGAACUCUGCGACGAUUUUCCAACCUAGGGCGUCAACCUGAGAAGGGUUGUAGGCGUACUGCUGUAAGUCCUACAAUUCUUCAAAGGGUAGCGCAUCAAUGAGCAG